UUUUCAUGCACACGAUGACCUUAAGUCGCAUAAAUAUGCUAACUAAAAAUAUGAUUACCGGCCGCCUUCUACGUGCCUUUUCACCUUUACGCGCAUCUCGUUGUCUUUGUUUACGAUUUAUUCAAAUAAAGUCUGGAGCCAGUCUGCUUAAAGAAGGCCUUGUGAAGCGUAUAAAACCAGGAAUAAUUCAAUUAUGCGUCAAGGGCCAAGCUCACUUCUGGCGAUGCAACGAGACCUUAAAAGUGCCCAUGUCUCUUUUUCGCGAUAAUCGCCAGCGACUCGUCUCACGUCUCCACGCGAAUAGCGAAGUUUCUGCCACGGGCACUUUCGUCGUUCUCCAAGGUGGCUUGGAUGUUCCCUUCAACGACACGGACGUCAACUGGCCCUUCAGACAGGAGUCAUUCUUUCAAUGGUGCUUCGGCGCAGAGGAGCCGGGAUGUUACGGGGCUCUCGACCUGGGCACUGGCGCCUCAAUCCUCUUCGUGCCGAAAUUGCCGCCCGAGUACGCGAUUUGGGAGGGCAAGCUGCACACCCUGGAAGACUUCAAGGAGCGAUACGGCGUGGACGAGGUUCACUACACCGAUGAGAUCGCGCGCGUGCUAAGAGAAAAGCGAGCGCGUCUCUUGCUCACGCUGAGCGGCAGGAACAGCGAUAGCAAAUUGGUAACGCGCGAAACGGUUUUUGACGAUAUCGACAAAUUCCAAGUGGAUAAUAGUAUUCUGUACCCGGAAAUAUGUGAAUGCGUGAAAAAAAACGGCUCCUCAAAGCACAGUAUUAGCAUAGAGACUGAUGAAGGUACGGCGAUACUCUUCUUCUCGGAUAUUAGACGUCUGAAAAAUACAGACGUGGAACAGGUUUUAGACGCGAUAAAUUCGGAGGGUAAAGAUAAAGGUAUUUAUUCCUUGCUGGAGAGCAGAAUGGCCGACGAGAUAAACUGCCGGAUAGCGCUUAAGAGCUUGAGAAAAAUGAUAGAAUUGGAGAACGGGUGGUACAAGUAUCGGCGAACCUUGUCGAGUAAUCAGCCAUCUGCAGAAGCCAUCAACAGGGACAUUAUUUUGCGACAACUUGUAAAUCUAAUUAUCAAGAGUCGCGACAACGAGAUGAUAUUGCAAGGACUGAAAGCGUUGAAGAGAGACAGAUACAGUCCUUCGAAGAACUUUUACAAGGAUCGGAUGUGCAAUGAAGUUAUGAUCAGAGCUACGGACGGAAACUUCACGAUAUCGCAAUUAAUUCGAGCGGUGAAGAUCUUGGCUUCUUACAAAGACCCCAAGUACAGAAACUGCAUUGACACAUUGUGGGCAGGUUUGGCGUAUAAAAAGCAGGACAUCAAGCCGAAUUUAUUAGUACCGUUAUUUAGAUCGUUGAUAUAUUUUAAUCGAAGUAAAAUUAUGGUGCAGAUUAUUUUGGAGGAGAAACUUUCGGAGCAAUGGCUGAAGCUGACUGGGUCGCAGAUGGCUCAUAUAUUAGACUGUCUUUAUGGCAGGGAGUCUUCGAAAGGGUGUCUGUCAAGCGCCAGUAAAUGGGCAAACGUGAGCAUGACUACUUCAACCGAGACAGAUCUAAUCAAUUUCAUCAGCAGUUUACACAUGAAAAAGUACAUCGACGAAAAUGUGGAGCAAGCACUGGCGAGAUACAUGACAGCUAAAAGCGCCGAGAUCAAACAUCCCAAUUUAAUCGCCACUAUCAUGGAUUACUGCAAGGAUUUAAAAAUUCGAAAUCCAUACAUUCUUGCCGAAUGCGGAAAAUAUUUUAUGAAACGCGGCAUGGAAAUUCCGCCUUCUCUAUUAUCUCUCAUUCUUAUACCGUUCGGAUUGUUGAACGUACGGCCGCCGGAUGCGGCCGAGUUUUGGAAAAUCUUUGACGAGGUGAUAAAUGCGAGAUUCUCAGAUUUGAAGUUAAAUGACAUUUUGGACAUUCUUCUCUCUUGCACGUAUCUCGAAAGAUAUCCCAUAAAAUUCUUGGAUAAAGUCUUCAACACGUAUAUCGUGAACAGACUGCAGUCUCAAAAAGACGCUCCUCUCGUCAAUAGCUUAAAAACCAAGUUAAAAUUAUUCGACGCGACGAUGUCGUUAGAGUGUAAGGAUUAUCAAGGUAGCCCGGUUAAUUUAGACUGCAGUACAAAGUCGUUAAGCUUGGACACGAGAAUUAGAGGCAUUGUUAAUAAAAUACACAAACCAUUGGCGCAUUUGGUCGGCGGAGAACAUAAACUGAGCAGAAGCGUGGUACUAAACAGCCGGGUGAUAAAAUCUUCCCGGGAAAUUGAGGUAUUGCGGUACGUGUGCAAGAUAAGUUCGGAAGCGCACAAGGCCGUAAUGCGUUUUCUGCGUCCUGGGAUGUCAGAGUACAACGCAGAGGCUUGCUUCCUGCAUUACGUGUACGACAAGGGAGGAUGCCGACACGCGUCUUACACGUGCAUCUGCGGCUCCGGACACAAUUCCUCCAUACUGCACUACGGUCACGCCGGUGCGCCAAAUAAUAAGGUCAUACAAGACGGAGACAUGUGCCUGUUCGACAUGGGCGGCAACUAUUGCGGAUACGCGGCCGACAUCACGUGCAGUUUUCCGGCCAACGGGAAAUUCACCGAAGACCAGAAGCUGAUUUACAAUGCGGUGCUGAAGGCGCGUGACGCGGUGAUCGCGGCGGCGAGGCCGGGCGUCGUCUGGACGGACAUGCAUCUUCUAGCGAACAGAGUCAUGCUGACGGCGCUGAAGGAGGGCGGAUUGUUGGUGGGCGACGUCGAGGACAUGAUAAAAGUGGGUUUGAACGAGGUAUUUCAGCCUCACGGACUAGGCCACUUGCUGGGAUUGGACGUGCACGACGUUGGUGGUUAUCUACCGGGUCACCCUGAACGCUCGACGCAAGCGGGUGUGAGAAAGCUGAGAACCGCUCGAACGCUGCUCGCCGGAAUGUGUCUCACGAUAGAACCGGGCUGUUACUUCAUAGACUGCUUACUGGACGCAGCACUGGCCAAUCCCGAGCAGUCGAAGUUUCUCGUGCCGGAACAACUGCAAAGAUUCCGCGGUUUCGGUGGCGUCAGAAUUGAAGAUGAUGUCCUCAUAACAGAGAUCGGGGUGGAAAAUAUGACAUAUGUUCCUCGAACGGUCGAAGAAAUAGAAACAUUUAUGCAGAAUUGAGUCGAUGAGGACUCUGAAGAUUCGAGAGAUUAAAAAGUGUUCCUGAAAAAUAAAGUUAUGCUUAUGAUUAAGGAGUAACAAAGUUACAGUGGUGAGAACAAUACAUGAUAUAUUCAUAUCAUUUUUUAUAAGGUAAAAAAGUAUAUAUAUUUUUCUAUAUUCUGAUUAGCGUUUAUAUAUAAAUGUAAUAAAUAAAGCAACAACUUGAAACGCCAUAAGGUAACACCAGCAACGUGACGUCAUGUUGUAUUCUUAAAUCGA